CGCACAUGAAAGGAGCUCUCACUGGUGUUGGCAUAAACUGUUGUGCGUUGGAAUUUUGGUACAAAUUAUUUAGGAUAAUUGUUGUGUGUUUACCUAAAGUUAAAAUAUACAUAAAUGUGUUGGGUGCGUGGAAAAAGUAGUACGGAAAACAUAUUUUAUGCCUAGACGCCGUAAAUUAUGCUUGCUAAAUAGCAGUGAAUAGUCUGAAAAAGUGUUUGAUUUGUGUGCAUUGAGUAGAAAUGCAAAUACUUGUAUGCAAAUAAUCUAUAAGCGUUACUAGUGCUGAUAACAACAACAAGUAAUAAUAAUAGAAUGUUAUUUACAAGGCGUCAUAAGUAAGUGAAUUAAAGCAAAGCUUAAUAACUGAAAAGUUCAUUGCUGUAUAUAUGUAUAUACGAGUAUACAUACAUAUGUAGAUGUACAAGCAAGUGUAUGCAUAUACAAGUGCCCAAGUAUAUUGUUGACAUCUGGCUCAAAACCAAAGCAAAUUUUGUUUGAGCUCUGCUGGCAAUGUGUAAAUGUGUGAGCGUAUAACAAAAAAUACAAGACGAAAUGAAAAAAUAAUAAUAACAAAACAGUCAUCGUCUCAAACUCAGCAGUUACAGCAAAUACAAUGUCUACUUACUUACGUAGUUAAAAAUAAAUCUGAAUUUUACAUUAUUCCUAAUAAUUUUGAAAUGACAGCAAAAUAUAUGAGAUUUAAAAUUGAGAGUUUAGCUGUAUAACGUUGUGAAGAAGACACUUAAGCUCAAAAAUAAUUAGGACCAAUGUAAAUAAAUUGCACAAUCAUAAAACGUAAUCGACUGAUCUUCAAACUAACCAAAAUAUAACGUAAAUAUAUCCAAAAUUGUAUGUAAAUAAUAAAAAUUAAAUAAUAUUAAAUACAAACUUUGUAAAUUAAAGACGAAAAAACGAUAGUUCUAUGUAAUAUAAUAAUUUAAAUAUAUAACACAUAAAAGUUUAAUAUAAAAAAAAUUUUAUUUUAUUAAAACCAAAUAAAUUAAAUAUAUAAUGAAAAUAUAAUAAUUAAAAAAAAUAUUAAAGUGAAAAUUUACAAAACAGGCGCAAACGGCUGGCGAAAAUUAAAAAUUUUAAAUAAAAAAAAUAAAAAUUUCUAUUAAAAUAAAAACAUUGCUAUAUCAACUUUUAUUAAAGCACAAAAUCAUUAAAUUGAAAACUGAUUAUAAUCAUUACGAUUUCUUAUACAUAUAUAAAUGACAAAAACUUUAACAAUUUAAUAUUUAUUAAAAGUAAAAAAAAAAAAAAUUAAAUAAUAUAACAGUAAAAUGUUUGUUUAAACAAAGUAAACAAAGCAAACAAAUUAAACAUAAUUUAAUAUUAUAUAUAAAAUAAUAAUUAUUAAUUAUAACCAUAACCAAUGAGUUAAAUAAUACCACGGCGUCCAACGCAGGCAAAUACAGACACAUACACUACACUGCAAAAACAUUCGUUACACACAAACACCAACAACAUAUUAUCAAAUAACCGCUUAAAAUAAAAUACACACAUAGAAAUGUUCAAAAAAGGCGAAAAGAUGGCGUUAGCGAAAUCAUUAAAAAUGUUCCUCACCAUAUUCGUGGCGACCACCUGCAUCUACAUGGUGCUGUAUCAGUAUCAUCUGUCGCGAGAGCCAAUAACGCAGCCAAAAUAUAUUAAGAAUAAGGAUAUUUCAGCCGAUGCGGAUGUCGCUGCUAUCGCACGCAAAUAUAACUCAUAUUUGUGGUCACCAAUGUCGCUAUUUAGUGCGCGACAACCGCAACAGCAACAGCAAGUGCAAACACCAGAAGCACAAACACCACUAUCAAUCAGCGAGAGGCAAUCAAAUGCAACGACGAGUGACUCGGCAACAACAACACACGCGGCAAAGGAACGAAAAUCAGCAGCGUUAACAGUUAGAGCAGCCGCACAACCGUUAUCAUCACCAUUACAAGCCACAACACAGCAUAAUAUUUCCACAUCAAACUCAUCUUCAUCAUUCGUAUCAGUCACACCCACAUCCACAACCACACACACACUGUCAACAAGCGUAGUGUCAGCACGUUUGUUGAACGACUCGCUCGGCAGCGCGCGUCAGCAGUUUAUUGCGCAAAAUGUUGCAGCGGUUGACAGUUUGAGAAAGCGCUCAACAUCACUUGCUACUUUGAAUAGCACAACAAAUGCGAGAACAACAACAAAAACGACAACAAUUCGUACAAUAGCCACAACGCGUGCGGUUGCAAAUGCUGCAAAUUCAACGCUGCCGAAUGCGCGCAUUGUGACGCGUCCAGCUGUCGGCACAACUGCCAAUGACACAAAAGCGCUACCCCCACCACUGUACAUUAUUACACCGACUUACCGGCGCGCCGAGCAAUUGGCGGAAUUGACACGACUCGGCUACACGCUGAAGCAUGUGGUGAAUUUGCUGUGGCUCGUGAUUGAGGAUGCGAAUCAAACGUCGCCGCUGGUGAUACACACACUUAAUCGCAUUGGUGUGCCUUAUGAGUACUUUUUGGCACCCAUGCCGGAUGAGUAUAAAAAUACGAAAAAGGCUAAACCACGUGGUGUUUCAAAUCGAAAUCGCGGUCUGGAUUAUAUACGCGCUAAUGCGACCAGUGGCGUCUUCUACUUCGCGGAUGAUGACAACACUUAUGACAUCUCGAUUUUUGAGCAGAUGCGCUACACGCAAAAGGUUUCAAUGUGGCCCGUCGGCUUGGUCACAAAGUUUGGCGUGAGUACGCCCAUCAUACGCGAUGGCAAGAUAACAGGUUUCUACGAUGGUUGGAUAGGUGGACGUAAGUUCCCCGUCGAUAUGGCCGGCUUUGCGGUGAGCGUGAAAUUUUUACAUGAACGACCCAAUGCGAAAAUGCCCUUCAAAGCGGGCUAUGAGGAGGAUGGCUUCCUGAAGAGUUUAGCGCCACUGAAUCUCACGGAUAUCGAGCUGUUGGCCUCCAAUUGCACAGAGAUCUUAACGUGGCACACGCAAACGAAGAAGAACGCCAAUGCGUCGCCGUUGAAUCUGACAUUACAUGGUGAUACGAAUUUAGUGUCGUUAAAUACAUUUUUAGUGCGUACGUAAAAUGUGUGGCAUGUACAAAAUUGGGUUGAUUUGGCAACGUCGAAGUGGCGUGCCGCAUAUGUGCUGUGGCGUAACUCCUUAACCAAAGCUUAGUUAAACGAAUGCAGGCUCUGUAUAGAAGCGUUUACUACUUUGCUGCAAAUAACUGCACAAAACGAUUUUAUUUUUGAAAACGGAAUUUCGACUGUGUCGCGACUUCUCUACUAUAUACCUACAUAUAUGCGUACAUUUAAGUUUUAUUUAUAAAGUGUAAUUUUUAUGAAAUGGGUGAGCACAAAAGGCAUACAACUUGUAUAAUAAUUAGUUAGGCGCUUACACUUUGUACAGUUAUCUUUUUUCACAUAUUACUAUUUUUACCAAAGCAUAUUAAGUCACAAAUUUAUGAAUAAGUUGUUGCAUAAGCAAAGUAAACAGUACUGUGUAUGUAUAUGUAUACGUGUAUCUAGCUGUAAGCCUAACAGUGAAAUGUCAUAUGCGUAAGUGCUUUAUUUAAUAUUUUAUUUUGUUAAGUUUAUUUACUAAAAUUUAUGUUUAGUUAAUAUUUUAAGUGAUAAUACUGCUGUGUCGCCUAAAUUUACUAUUUUAGAUUAAGUUUAUUAAUUUUAGUCACCUUGAGUUGUUGCAACAUAUAUUUGAUUUACGCUUAGUUUUUUAAGAUACUCAGUAAACUUGUCUAUAAGCUCAAAUUCCAAACUAUUUGUAAAAUAAACCAAUAUUGUUUAAAGGCUUUACUGAAGCUUUUUGCUUACUUUAAACACAAAAAAAAACAGAAAUAUUUGUAAAUUAUAUUCCUUCUUAAGUAAGUCUAAGUAUUUUUGUCUAAAAACCUUGUAUUGUUCUAAAGAAAAUAUGUAUAAUUUCCAAACAAAAAGGAAGAAAAUGAUAAUAAUAAAUUCAUAAUGCUAAAAUUUAGAAAUUUUAAUUUAAUGCCAAUAUUUUACAAAAAAAUGAUUGUUUUUAUACUUUACUUUAAUGCAACUAAUUUAGCAUAUUUUUGUUGCUUCUUAGCAAGGAAAUUGAAAUCGGAAAAAUAUUAUUUACAAGUCAAGAGAGACUAAUUUUCACAAGAGAAAUUAAAUUUUCGUUCAAUAAUACCAAAUAAAUUACUGCUAACACAAAAAAACAAAUUUAUUGAAACAUAAAUCCUUCGUAUACAAAAUUUGUGAUUCAAAAUUAAUUCAUUACACUAGAUUACAAUCAUUUAGCGUUUUGAAAAUUGGCUUCGGAUUUCUCACUCUCAAAAUUUACACAAGUUUGCAGUAAUUUUGCGUCUGUGAUGUUAGAGGCUGCUUCUUGUUAAUUUUGGGUUGUUAAAACCAAAAAAGAUAGUAAAAAUUUCCUAACACGUAUGAUGCUUUAUUCAAAAUUGUCAUUUUGAUUAUAGUCAAAGGGUGUAGAGAGGGGUCAAACCAGCACCAAUUAAGAAAAUUACAAAAAUAGAUAUAUGUAUAUUAGAGUGAUUCAAAAAAAAAAAAAUUUUUUUCGUUUGGUACUCGGAAAAAUAGGUUCCUAGACACCUCUAAGAAAGCCUCUCCAAAUAUGAGUUUUUAAUUGUAACGGGAAGGUCCUCCUACAUACAGUUUUCUAUUUUUUCUUAUUAUCAGAUAGAAAAAUUUAUAUCUCGCUUCCAAUUACUUGAAAAAAUAUCUUGUUUCUUAGAUUUUGUGGGAAAUUGAAUGCUCUACAAAAAGAUCUAUUAAGAUUUUUUUCGUAAACCCAAACGUUUAAAAGAUAUUAACAGUUAAAGUUUGAUUAUUUUGGGAAAAUUUUUUAUUUUCUAUGAAUUUUAUAACUCAAUGAAAAAAAAAUUAUUAUGAAUAGAUUUUUGGAGAGGCUUUCUUAGAGGUGUCUAGGAACCUAUUUUUCCGAGUACCAAAUGAAAAAAAAUUUUUUUUUUUUUGAAUCACUCUAAUGUAUAUAUUAGUUACAACACUAGUUGCUUGCUUAAUAUUCAUAUUAUUUUUCAAUUCAUACACAAAUCGAAACCUUUUACGUGGCUAAACAAUUGAAAUAAUUUGAAUAAUCCUUCCAGCAAUUUUUCUUAUAUUGCCUUCGCUUCUCGAUAGACGCCUCGUCAUUAUUGGUACACUGUUAAAAUAGUAAUAAUAUUUUCUAGAAUACGUGUUGGAGUAUUUUUGAGCGCAAAUUCGUAAUCAGAGCACAUCAAAUACCCCACAGAUCUCUUAGCUCAGCAGUCGUCUCAAAACAUUUUGCUUAAAAUUUGAAGAAAGAUUAAUUUUCAUAAGAAAAAUUGAAUUUUAGUUCAAUAAAAAAUAAGUUGCUAAUAUCACAAAAAAUACUAUUAAAAACCAUACACUCAAAAUUAAAAAAAUAAAUGUUUAAUGGAAAUUUUUGCAUUUAUUCUGCCGUAAGCUCGAGCUGUCAAAAUUUCCUGUACUUUUCGCAGAAUGUUGCCUUCUAACCAGAAAAAAGAUUUGCAAGACUUUACAACUCAAGAGUGAGAGUUGCCCAGGCGCUGUUCAGUUUUGUUUUUAGUAGUUUUUUUUUAUCAAAUCUAUUUACUAAAUAUAAUAAAUCGUUAAAUUUAGUUAAGCUGAAUAAUGGUUAUUCCAAACGAGUUGGCUGGCAUCUUUUUGCGUUUUUGUAAUGUAAAAAAGGAGGAUUUAUGUAAUGUUGGCAUAUGAUGAGGCAGUAUUUUCAUGCAGAAAUGAAAACUCUACAUGGUUUGCCUUCUAUAUAUAUAUAUUUUCAAGCUCAGCUCAGUUUCUUCAAUUUGAGGGACGAAUACAAUCACCUUAUCGGUUACAAAAAUGUGCUCAAUAUCUUAAUGGUUAGCCAUACUAAUGUAUUAGUCCAUUCGAAUUUUAUGUUGCAAGUAGGCGGAUUCAAAUCGCAUUACAUAUGUAUGUAUUAAUUACAAAAUUGAAUGUAAUUUCUUGAUUACAAGAGAAAAUAAGAGAAAAGGUCAGCGAAAUAUAAUAGAAAAAAACGUCCACAUAAAUUCCAAAACAAAAAGUUUUAUUAAAAAUAGAAGUUUACACAGUUAGCUGCAAUUGUCCAGUAUCAGCGCAAAAAGUAAAUAAUUAUUAAUAAAAUCAGACUAAAAAAUAAAAGAAAAUAUAAUUUCCAAAUAAUGCGUCUCACAUUAUUAUGAAUAUACAAAAUUAAAUUGAAAAAUACAAACGAUUAAAGGUAAUAAGCCUGCUAAGCAAGUGGAUGUGUGCUUUUAAAUACAAUGAAUGCACACACAUACAUUAAAUAGCUAGAUUUGUGAAAAAAUGUAUUAAAUGUAUGAAGCCUAAGCAACUUUCAUAGAUGAUAUAGGAAAGUAUACUUUUUUAUAAAACAUUAAAUGACUAUAUACUAUACGUCUAUCAGGCGACGUAAUGUAUUUACUAUUCGAAAACAAUGAAACGAAUCAAUGCAUAUUUUUUUGUAACUCAUAAAAUGACACAGAAUGGACUCUCCUAUAUACGGUUGUUAAAAAAAAACCCCAUAUGCGCCCCAAGCAGACUAUAUGUUUACCACUAAAGAUUAAUUAUGUUUUACUAGGUAUUCAGAAGCAAAGAAAUAUUAAAAAAAAAUAAAAGUAUGCGAUAUUUUCAUUUCCUCGUACUAAAGCACAAAGUAGAGUUAAGGCGCCUAAAAGCCCAUAAUAUGUUUACAUCUUCAAAAGCAUUUCACAAUAGUUAAAUACCCAUGAAAAUACCUAAAAGGUUGCUAUAUGUUCAUGACAUGAUUGGUCAUUUCCAGUACUUAAUCUCAAAGUUAAAAUGAAGCGCCUAAGAGCAGACUAUAUAUUAACUAUUUUCAGAAUAAAUUUGCAAGCAAAGAAUUAUAAAAGCAAACUACCAGAAGUGUGGUAAAUUUUCAUGAUUUCAUUUGACAUUUCCUAGUUCUAAAACACAAAGUUAAGGUGAUUCGCCUAAAAGCAGUCUAUAUGUUUAAUACUUUCAAAACAUGUACAGUAAAAUACCUAAAGCAAAGAAUAAUAAAAGCAAACUACCAAGAAGUGUGGUAAAUUUCCAUGAUUUCAUUUGACAUUUCCUAGUUCUAAAACACAAAGUUAAGGUGAUUCGCCUAAAAGCAGUCUAUAUGUUUAAUACUUUCGAAACAUGUACAGUAAAAUACCUAAAGCAAAGAAUUAUAAAAGCAAACUACCAAGAAGUGUGGUAAAUUUUCAUGAUUUCAUUUGACAUUUCCUAGUUCUAAAACACAAAGUUAAGGUGAUUCGCCUAAAAGCAGUCUAUAUGUUUAAUACUUUCAAAACAUGUACACUAAAAUACCUAAAGGUAUGCUACAUUUUUAUGAUUUGACACUUCCUAGUACUACACCACAAAAUUAGAUCGAUGCGCCCAAAAGCAGACUCUACAUAUGUUAACUAUUUUUAAAAUAAAUUCACAAGCAAAGACAUACAAAUAAUAGCAAAUAUAUACCCAAAUCUAUACUAAGAUUUUAUUUGAUAUUUCCUACGAAACCACAAAGUCAAGUCGAUGCGCCUAAAAGCAGUCUAUACAUAUGUUGUUUUAAGUGGCAUGAGAUUGAGUGAUUGAAAAAGUGCCGCUGCAUUUCAAAGCUGGUUAGCCUAUAACUAUUCUAUACUUUCAAAAUGAGUAUAGAGCGAAAUUUCAUAAGCGGAUUAGACUGCAUGCAAGAACUAUUAAAUAAUGUAAAUUAAAGUUUCCAUGCAAUUAAAGCUUUUUUCGUCAAAUAGGAAUUCAAUUAGCGCACUAUUUGCAUACUUUUCAGAUAAAAGCAAUAUUUUUCAACUCAACAACUGCACAACUUUACUAAUACUUAGCAAUAUUAGUGAGCAUACAAAAUUUCUUAUUUCAAAUAAAUAUAAUAUAAAAUAAGGUAGCGAUUUAGCUUUGCGCCAAUUUUUUACAGUUUUUGUAGCUAAAACCGAUUUUUGAAUUCACCAGCAAAUAAAGCUUAUAAAUCAUACAGUACGAGGUAAUUACAAAAACAAUCAUAAUAUAGUUAUAAAAGUCGAUCUACAAAUAGUGUUUCAACACUAUAAUAAAAACUAAAUAUAAAAAUUUACAAAGCAGUAUAUAGCAGUAUAGUUACAAGACGAAUUUCCAAAAAUUUCAAGUUGAAUUUAAAAUUAUUUAGCAUAUUACUAAGAUAAAUACUGUAAUUUAUACUUAACGUUAUAAAAGCUAAAAAAUUUUAAAUUAAAGAGAGAAUAUACGGCGCUUAUUAUAGCCAAAUACUUUUAAGAAAAUUCGAAAAAGUUUGAAAACAUUUUAAUUUUCAAAAACUUUGAAAUUUUUUACACAAAAAUCGUUUAUUUAAAACUUAAAAUUUAUAAACCUGCUAAUAAAAAUAAAUAAAAUUUCUCUUUUGUAAAAUUGUAUAAAAGUUAUUUUGUUACUAAAACUUUAGCAAGCAGCUGAAAUUUUGCUUCAACUAACUAAUAAAAUGUAAAUUAAUAAAUUAAAAAUUGUGUCAGGCAAAAUUUUCGUAACUAAAAUAUUAUUUUUAAUUGCAAAAUAAAAAUUUGUAUUUUUAAUUUUUUUCCUAGCCUCUUCAAUACUACUAUGAAACACUUUUACUAAAACGGAAAUACGAAUAUAAAAUAGAACUACAAAUUAUAUAACUCUACGAGCUCUUAAAAUGACCUUCAACAUUUUCUAAGUAUUUAUUAGUAGAUAUUUCAAAUUUCUAAUACCAAAACACAUACAAAAUGACUUACAUUUAAAACGAUAUGACUAUAUGGUAUAUAAAUAUGUAUAUAUACAUAAAUACAAACCGAGUACACAUUUAGCUAGACUUUCGAAAAUUUGUUGUAUAAACUCAGUUAAAUAUACAUCAGUAAGUAUUAUAGCAUUAUAUAUACAUAUAUAACUCUGGUACUGAGAGCCAAGCCCGAAAUACCGAUACAGCAUUAAUAUAAAAAAUGCAAAAAAUUAAAAAUAUUGUGAAAAUAUUAAAAAAAUAUAUGAAAUUAAAAAGUUUUUGUAAAUAUAUAUACCACUUACAAUAUAAAAUACAGAUGUGAGAAGAAAGAUAUGAGAACCGAAAAUUUUGAAUAAAACGAAUGAUAAUACAAUAUAUAAUUUAGUAUUUAAUUUCAAACUAGUUGAAUAUGAGGCUCACUUAGUGUCGUUUCUCAAUGCCAAAAUGCACCUUUUUUGGGCUGUGACACUAAAGACCGAUUAAAUAAGUGCCUAAGGUUUGAAAGUACUGCGAAAUCGAAGAAGUUACUUUAUUCUGUGUCUAAUCUAAAUCCAAUUUGCAACUGACUGGCUCAUACAAAAUCGGAGAGAGCUCUAACUUUGUCGGCUAUUAGUUAUUCAAGCGUAGACCUUGCAAACUAAUGGUCCUUUUAUAGCAAUUAAUCAGAUCUAUACUCGAUCUUAAACAUAUUGUAAAUACAAGCGAGACUUUGACCAAUACGGUUCCUUUAUGCCUCUCAUAUGGUGUUAAAAUGUUGAAGUUCAUUUUUAAAUAUUACCCAACUUUCACUCGGUCAUUUACAUUUGUAUGCCCUUAAGUACCAGUCACAUGAAAUAUUUCACUCAACAGUAAAAAUUCAGACUUUAAGCUAGUCAGCGACAAAUUUUUAUUUAUUUAUAGUACAAGCAAAGCGUCAAGCGCACAUUUUUCCAUAGAAAUAUAUUUUACUCGACUAUUUGAAAGCCAUCAAUAGCAGAAGGAUGUUUUACCUAUUUGUUGAUUUUGCCUUGCGUAAAUGCAUUUUGCGGCUUGCAAAAAAAAAUAAUAACGAAAUAAAUAA